CUUGAUUGUGCAACUUACGCGCGUCGUCCGAAGUGCCUCGAAGUUCCGUCGAUAGUUGACGAGUAUUGCCAUGAAAGGCAAAUGGAGUAAGAACGUGUUCCCACCGUUGAAUCUCUCGACCGAGCAGGCAUCGCAAUUCCGCCACUUGGCGCGCGGCUUAGUGCGCGAGACGCUGGUGCACUUCAACACGUUUACCCACCUGCCCGAGGACGAGCGAAAUUUGAGCAAGCACAAGCGCUGGAAGACCGUCAAAACCCGCGAUAACCUCACGAUCUUCAAGGAGCGAGAUCCGCCCAAGAUCAUCACAGGCACGAGUUUUGACACGCCCGAGCACCAGCGCCUGGCCGCGGACGAAUGGCAGAUACCAAAGCUGCUGGUCGGUAUCGGCUCCAUUGUCGGCUCGCUCGACGACGUCAUGUACGGGGUCGUGACGCCCGACGCCGAGUCCAUGUUGCUCAAAGCCGCCAUUGUACGCAGCUCCCUGGUGGACGGAGCCGUGCUGGCGCAGAUUGAUGGACCUACGCCCGAAGAACCCUAUCGGUUUCUAGGAGUCAAGUGGUUCGUCAAGGGACCUCCCGCCACACUGCGGGGUUUCGUACAGCCUCGAGAUUUGGUAUUCGUAGAGUCUACGGGCAUUUUCAAUCGGUCAAACGGUGACCGUAUCGGAUACCAGCUCCUGCACUCAGUGGACUUGGAUGGAUACGGCCCACUACAGGAGCGCUCGCUAACGCGCGGCAGAAUCUCCAGCUGCACGAUCUUCCGAGAGAACCAAGACGGGAAACAGGUAGAUGUGUACGUACGGGGCUACGUCGAACAGCACGGCAAACUGCUGGACUCGUUGGCGCUCAAAGCGGCGUCGACGGGGUUUCUGAGCUCGUGGAAUGCUGUCGAGUGCAGCCACGUCAAGAAGCUCAUGUGGUUCGUCGAGAACCCGCACCUCGUGACCUGGAGGGAGGAAGCCGCUGCUCGUGCACGGGGACCUGACGCUCGAACACCGAUACGUUCACACGGUAGCAGCAGCUUUGAUGGUCCUAGUGGUGUGCACUUACGCAAUCUCAGUCUGGCCAGCCCCAACGAUCGCUGUGGAGGUACCUGUGGCCGCAAGCUGAAGAAAGUUACCAGUGUCGGGUUGUGCUCUCUUUGUCAAGUACCGAUGUGCUCCAAAUGCCGCGUUACCAAGAAACUGGCCUACGCUACUUGCGAACUCAAACUCGAACGUCGAGAAAGCAUCAUCUGCCGGUCGUGCGUGGCAAAAGUGCGGCUCCAGCCCGUGCGUCGGAUUGCACAGCAGGAGAUCCGCGAAGGCCGCUACCGCUGGCAGGCUAAGCAGCCUCAAUCUAUGAAGCCUACAUCGUCGUCAACUUCGGGAUCGCUUUCUCAUGAAUCAAGCGCGAAGCAUACCGCAUCCUCCUGUGGUACUACAGGAUUCCUGGACCAACAACAGCCUCUUGUCCAGGCCGCAAAUGCUCGAACCGAGUGCCAAACCAAGCCUCGUUGGUUCAGACGUCGCAAGAAGAGUGAACCGAAUAGUGUGGCGUCCAGGCCUGUGUUGUUUGGUGAAUCCACGACGCUCAGCGACUGUCAGUUGGGUGCGCUUUCGCAGUGUUCGACGGCGAUUGACUCGAUGAGUACGACCUCGCCGAUCAACCCGCUGGCUUACAGCUGGACGUCGUCCUCUCAGGAGAGCGAGUGCCGCGCCCGGGUUGAAGAAGAUGACGAUCAAAAACACCCGAGUUCACGGAAAACCAACAAGAGCGUCGGCAGCUCUGGCAUCAAAUGACGGAGCUGCGGCUCGCCGUGGAGAACACGUACCAGAUCGCCAAGCAGACGACGGACUCGUGCUGUGGUCCGAGCUUUAGUCCCCUAGGGAAAGCGAGUGUCAAGUACUGAAGACCGGAAUGGGUAAAUGUGUCUCGAAAUAUUAGGGAUGAAAAUGCUCCAGUGCUAAAAUACAUUUUGAAAUAAGUAAUAAAAAAAAAACCUGCUAUUCAUGUUGAAGUGACCCUGCAAGGCUGCAAAAAAAUUGCAACAACCGAAGUUGUGCGAAGUCAUGCGUCGUCGAAUUACGAGCUAAGGUUGCCGUGGUCAAGGCAAGCCUGUC